UUGAAAGAGCGCGUCCGACAACGACGGGGUGAGGAACUAACGUCUGGACCGGAAGUCGGUCGGCUCGCGACACAAGAUACAUCGAUCGCGGUUCGAUGCUACGCGAGAUCGAUAUCAUCUCGACGAUCGAGCUGUAACACGCGUGAUUUACUUCUCCUUUUCGUUAGAUUUCGAUCGUUCAAACUUGUCUCGCGCGAUACACAAUGCGGCGCGCGAGUGCGAAGAAAAGCGAGUGAAAACGAACGGCUGGUGUCAGCCGAGAGAACGGCGCGAAUAAUCGGCAGUGGGACAUCGCGCGCGAAAAUGUCUCGACGGAUUGUGCUCAUCGAGUAUCCAGUGAUUUAACGCUUUCGACAAGGUCGCACACCAUCUCGGGUUUCGUAUCGUCGGACAUCAUCAAGCCGACUUAUCGCCAAGGGCGAUCGCGCGCCGUCGUUGAACGCGGAUUACAGUCUAGGACGAUCGAAUCGAUUGGUGUGUACGCGGUGAUCCUGCGACGACGAUCAGGACGAGCGGGAGUCACUUGAGGCAGCUCGUGGGGUUAGUGCCAGGAUUCCAUCUAAUACAUGAACCUCGAGUGCUGAUCGAUUUUGUCGAAUCAUCGAUGUACCAACGCCGCGGAGCGAUCCACGACGGCCGUCGGUCGUCGCGUCGCGAGGUGACAGCCGUCGCGUGCCGAUCGUACAAUUUGGCGCCGACGCGUGCACGGAAGAUGGAAGUAAGAACUCGCGUUCGUGCGUCCGCGUGGAGCACUGAGGGCUGAAGUUUCCAAGUUCCGGUGGCCUACUUCGGCACUGUCCUCCGGACGGAGGGCGCGCGAGCUCGUGUUUCUAGGAUGUCCGAGAGAUGACUGGGUACUGAGGAGGAGAGGGCGCAGUGGCUUUGAAGGUUGCUGCCACCUCGGUUUGGUGGAAUGGAGAUGAACGGCACCGAAAGCAGCCUGAAUGGCACCGAGGUCAAUCGCACUUCCGCGCCUAUCUUUACUAUUGGCACGGAUUUUAUCACGCAAUGGAAGCUGAAGAGACAACGGGAACGCCUAUGCCGAUUCGUGUACAAUCAAAUUUUGACAGAAGAAUGUACCCAGUUAAAUGGAACAUGGCCUGACCCGGAUGAUCCGCGCUGGAGCAGUGGUGAAUACGCGGAGCUUCUGCCCGAUUGGUUCCCAAUAAACGUGACGAAUACCUCGACUUUCGGAAACGCAACGACUUCGUCAACGUUGGAUGAAUCUCUGACGCCCGUUUUGCCACCAUUCACGCUCUGGCAAACGGUACUGAUUGCUAUCUGUCUGGCGAUAUGCAUACUGCUAACUGUCGGCGGUAACAUUCUCGUUCUUCUGGCAUUCAUCGUAGAUAGAGCCAUCAGGCAACCAAGUAACUACUUCAUCGCAUCAUUAGCUGCCACAGAUAUGCUUAUCGGCACCGUGUCGAUGCCGUUCUACACGGUCUACGUGCUGAUGGGAUAUUGGAAUCUCGGUCCUCUUCUCUGCGAUCUAUGGCUGUCCGUGGAUUACACCGUAUGCCUGGUGUCCCAGUAUACCGUUCUCUUGAUCACGAUCGAUCGGUUCUGCUCGGUGAAGAUAGCCGCGCAGUAUCGCAGCUGGCGGACGAAGCAGCGCGUGAUCUGGAUGGUGACCAUCACCUGGAUCAUACCGGCGCUGCUCUUUUUUAUCAGCAUCUUCGGCUGGGAGCACUUCAUCGGUUAUCGAGAUCUGAAUCCGGGCCAGUGCGCCGUGCAGUUCCUCAAGGAUCCAGUGUUCAACACCGCGCUGAUAAUAGGAUAUUACUGGACGACGUUGAUCGUCCUGUUCAUUCUCUACGGCGGCAUAUACAAAACCGCGUACGACAUGCAGAAGAAGAGCGAGGCCAAGCAGCGCAAGAUGCAGUCGAUGGUCGCGUUGAGCGCCGGCGCGAUGUCCGGUAUGGCUGGUCGCGCCGCCGGUAUAGGCAUCUCCAAGACUCAGAGCACCCUGUUGAGCCAGGACAAGCCGAAGAUCGGGACUACGUUGGUGGACGACAGCGUCUCUAGCGCGGACGCGACGGUCACGCAGAAAACAGUCGCGAAGACCGCCGACUCCGCGGCGGCGUCGGACUCCGCUAACAAGAAUGUCCUCGCGAACAUCUCGGUGACGGAAGCCGAGAAAUCCGAACGCUCGAGUAGUCCUGCCUUCGAUUCCGACGAGGAGAGCACCGUCGGCACCGCUCAGCAGCUCAGCACCAUCAGAAAGCGGUCCUCUCUGGCGGGUCUAGUAGCGCAGUCCGGUGCUUUCCAGGUGUUCGCCACCAACGGACGCUUGAACGGCAUCAUGCCGGUCAAGGUCGAGCUGAGUGUGCCAACGGCGAACAGGAAGCUACUGCCGACGAGUCCUACGCGCGACAUGGCAACGCAGAAAGCUCAAACACUGCCGAAGAUACAGGAGUUCAGUCUGCUGGACACCGACAAUCCCGCCGAGCCCGCCGACAAGUCCAGCAGCCGCACGCUGACGCCCGAGCAAUCCUUGAAAUCGAACGACGCCGAAGGCAAUCAACAAUCGAUCGCCUCGGUCGAGGCGACACCGCCCGCUCAACUUAAGCACCCGUCGAUCAAUAGCGUACAACAGAACAUCAUACCGCCGCCCACGCAGUUCCAAAGCAGCCCGCCGGUCUCGGAAAGCCCGACGACAUCCUCGUCGAUGACGACCGACCGGCCAAAGUCGCUGGUGAUGGCUCAAGGCACUUACGACAUCCUUACCGGUCUCGACGGCGGCGAUUUGCGGUACAUGGAUGAGAGUUCCAUCAUUCUACCCAGUCCCUCCUACGAGAGCCCACCGUCUUCCUUCUCCUGCAGCCUGGCGAAUCCGCUGUCCACGGCACCGCCGUCGCCCAUCCUGGGCAACACGGUGCCGGCCGGCGCGGGCACCCGCCUGUUGCAGGCCGCUCUUAUCAGAGCAACAGCGCAGCAAACCGGCGGCGGCGGCGGCGGCGGCGGCGGCGGCCAGCUGGUUCAGAUCAACGUUGGCAAACAUCAUCAGCACCAUCCACAGCCGGUGAUGUCUAACGCGUCGAGUCAGACGCAUCCGCCGCGCGUGUUCAUCACUCAUCAGACGAACGCCGCGUCGCAGACGUCGCCCACCGUCAGCAAGAUGCACACCGUCAGUAAAGUGCACACGGAAGUCACCGUCAAUACUGACGGGGCGAAGCCCCGUCAACCGGUUACGACAGUGGUCGCGACACCCGCGGCCAUAGCGAUGGAAUCGUCCAACAGCAUGACGGAUCGAUUUUCAGAUCAGGCCACCAAGUUGAGCAGCAACUUGCCUCAGAACUCGUCAUCCAGCAGCAUAAUGCCGACGGUGUCGCCCACUACGAACAGCCAGGAGACGAAGAGGCAGUCUUCGAAGAAGAAGGACGCCACGUCGGACGCGGAGCAGAGCGGCUCGAGACGGGACUUCGUCAAGUCCAUCGGCAAGCGGCUGAAAGCAAAGACGCAAAAGAAGGAUCCCACGAUAGGCCGACAGAAGUCGCGAACGGAGAAUAGGGCGCGCAAAGCCUUCCGCACGAUAUCUUUUAUUCUGGGUGCGUUCGUCGCCUGUUGGACGCCUUAUCACAUUUUAGCGCUGGUGGAGGGAUUCUGCGCGAAUCCGCCGUGCACCAACGAGCAUCUCUUCAUGUUCUCGUACUUCCUAUGCUACGCCAACAGUCCGAUGAAUCCGUUCUGCUACGCCCUGGCGAAUCAGCAAUUCAAGAAGACCUUCACGAGGAUACUGAAGGGCGAUCUGCACAUGACGUAAAACAGGGCAGCAGUUCGAGCAGCAGCACUCGUUUCGAUAAAUGUAGCUAAACGUAGGCGACGCGGACUCCCUUCGCGGAGAAGAUGGCCUUCCACACUUAACACCGAAUUAUACUCGCUCGUCGUAAUAAUUUGUGGUGGACUCGGACAAUAAUAAAAUGGAAAUAAUAAUGUAAGACUCGCCGGCGAAGCCGAGCAUCACGCGCCUUUUGUACAUAAAAUGUCGCAGCGCACUUCGAGCCGUUCGAAAGUCAUACCCAGUAUGUAUAUAUGUUGUAUACAUGUGUGAAUAUUUGUUAAUCUUUAUGUAAUGUGCUCAGGACGCGCGUAGGUGUGUGUACAAGUAGCCCUAGACAGUUAUAUGUAUGUGUACCAUGAUAAUAAACACAUUGCAGUCCUAAAAUAAUAAACUCGCGAUUCAUGGAACGACGUGGACGCUAAUGCCGUAGAGAGCUUGCGAAAUCUGACGCUACGGGGAACAUUACGGAUAGAAUAGUAAUUAUGCUUUAGUUUAAUCGUAAGCUUUAGUGGUAGUCGAACGAGGAAGAAUCGUUCAUCACGAAAGACGAAAAGUGAAGAUAUUAAACAUAAGAUAUUGACAGCCGGCUGUAUCAUGAAACAAUUAGCCGCUUCGAAUAAAGAAAACUGUUUCUUCAUACGCGCAGUAAUCGUGGAGCGUUUUCGCGGCGCUUACCAUAUGUUAUUAAUUCCCUGAAUAUUUCGAGUAUUUCACAAGUUCUUUAACAUGUUAUCUUUUUUUUUUAGGAACAACGAAUCAGCUCGAGGUAGCUCGCCUCGUAGAGGUACCGAGCAAUUGACGAUUUUCUUACGGCUCUCGAUCGUGGAUCGGAAUAUACACUGCCUUGAGAUGGCCUAAUGCGCAGGCCUUUUCUCUUCGAGUCUUGUGACACUUGGUACUCUCCUUACAAACGAGCUCCCGUCGAUGCCUGAUUGAUGUUUUGUAGCAAUAAGCUCGCGUCUGAGAAAAUAUUUUAUCUCAAUGAGUGUUUAAAAACGGUUAUUUUUAGCUAAUAUUAAAAUGCUAGCUAAUUAUUUUUAACUGAAUAAUUAACAUCGUUUUUUAUUAUACUUUAUUGUAAGCUAUCUGUGUAAUUACCGUUUGUUUUCAUUAUAUUUUAAUUAAAAAGCUCAUUGCGAUAAUUAAUAUGUUGCAGGUGUGAACAAUUAAUUAACAGCAGACUGUGAUUAUAACUUACGAAGCCGGUAACGCUUCAGUAUUGCUUAUUUUUAAAAAUAUACCAACAACGCCUAAUUUUUUAAUUCCAUUUUACAUAAAGCGCGUGUGUAUCUCGCGAUUACUGCAAACCGUUGACAAAAUGGAAAUCGAUAUAGUAAGUAAUUUAUACCCACAUACCUCGUCAUAUUUUAAUAACAUUCGCAAAAACAUUACUUCUAUAUUAUCUUUCUACUGCGGAUUAAUCAAACACACACAUAUACUACACACAUAAUUUCAGGAAAUCAAAAUUAUAAUUUCUCUUAAUUAGUAGAAGUGAAUGAUUAAAAUCGUAUAUAAUUAAAAAUAGCUGCAAUGCUUUUAAAUGGUAAGAGUGAUAAAUGAUUGAAUCAUGCUUAAAUUUAGGUCAUAUUUUUACAUUGUGUCAGAUUGCAAAAUCGAUUAAUUAUCGAGAAAGUAAGUGGACGAAACAAAUUUACAAUUUUAUAUUUAUAUUAUAUCAGAGUCACAUUUUUACGAAAGCUGCGUUAUUUUGAUAAAUGAAUUACUGUUUCCCCGUUAUAUUAUUUGCACCAUCAAUUUAUUAAUUUGUUAGCGGAGUGGAUUCAUCAGUGCUUUAUGUGCCGUAUUGUAUUAAUUUACUAUCAAUUACAUUCUCACGUUGAAUAUCUUAAACGAAUAACUGAUACAUCUUUUCAUUAUUCGACAGCUUUUCAAUCAUUAUACAUUGUACAUUUCGACAAAAAGGACAAUAUAUUCAUUUGGAUACUAUGAGUAUAUCUUAAGCGCAGCUUUUAAUUAGAAUUUAAAGUAAAAUUCUGGCAUUUUGCCAGCCUAAAUAAUUCCAAAAAUCUAUAGAACUUGUUACAUGCUACGAAGUUGGACGAGUAGAAAAGGUUCUUGAUUGAGCGUCACAUCGACUUUGAGCCAAUGUCGGUUUGAUUCUCGUAAAAGGUACACCUUUUUCCUAGCCGUGACAUUCCCGUUUCUAUGCCUCAUGUAGAUAUAAUACGUACGAUUAGGAGUAGCACUCAAUAAGCAAGUACGUAUCGUCUUUAAUUGCUGAUCGAUCGGAAAUAACCGCAAAUUUUUUAUCGUUAUAGACUUUAUCGUAUAGUUUUCUACCUUUAUAUAAUUUGGUAUGCAUGCAGUCGCUUUGCGCUCACAGAUUUCAUCUGAUAUUCCUGCUACAACCUCUUACCGCUAAAAGCGCGUCGCGUUCUUCCAUAAAAAGUACAGAGUGUCCCGAAGUAACGAAGUUUUACAUUCGCACUGCGUGAAUGGUCUGCAUCUUAUAAAAUUGCCACGGGGGACAUUUUGUCACUUGGAUAUCUUCCAAAAUUCACUGCCAAUAGUAAAAGUUAUCCCGAUUUUUCAUUAUGCUAAUUAAACCUAAUCCGAAUACCUCACCUGUCAGUUGUGUACGUGAUAAGUGUUAAGAUCAUCUUAACAUUAAAACGCCAGAUACAAUUCUAUUCAUUCACGGAAACACUAACACGGAACGUUAUAUAAAUCAUUUAUUCGCGUAAGAAUCGCUUGCAUAAAUUAGCGAUACAUUUGUAUUAUUUCCUAGCGUUAAAAAAACCUCCUGCAUUGCUUUUCUGGCAUGAAAAAGUUUUGGGAUUCGCUCAAUGCUAUGCGCAGAUAUCGCUUUUAAUUUUGCGACGUAAUGUAGAUGGUAGAGUAGAAUAAUAUGCGAUAAUAAUUUCUCAUGAAAAAAAAAAGAUGUAAAAGAUUAUUACGAUAACAAUGAAUAUCGAAGAAAAUCGUUUCUCGAUACGUUUCUGUGUCUUGGCUACUUAGAACGCAAUAUGUUGGCGUCAUUAUUAUUAGCAAUAGGACAUAGCGUAAAUGAUUAUUGUGCUUCAUCAAUAAGGGGUCAAGUUGUAUCGAAACAUGUCUGCGGGAACACUUUGAUAUGAUCAAGGCGAUGAUGUAGUCGGUCAGUGCGAAUGGUACUUUGUGUGCUUAAGACUUAAGUCCAAUGAUCAGCUUAACUGGUCGAGAAGGAAACGAUACGUCGCAGCUAACGUAGAGAAGUUCUCUGUAUAAUAUGUAGUCUAUAUUAAAAUGGAUGAUAAAUGUGCGGCGGGCACAGAAUAGCGGUGCGAUUAAUUGUACAGAGAUAACAGACUAGGAAAAUAACUUAAGUUAUUAUGCGGACGUUGUACUAUGUAGUGUCGAUGCAUAUAUACAUAUAUACGUAGCGCAAUGAUGGGUAGACAGUAAAGGCUGUAGUGCUAAAAACAGAAAAGAAGAGGAAGACCGUAGACGGUGCAAUAUCUAGCAAAUAAAUAUAAUUAGCUCUAGGCGAUAGCACGGUUAAAAGAAGUGCAGGUAAUAAAAAUAGCCGCAUGAAGCCUAUAUGCGAUCGUAUAAAAAGCGUAUGUUGUCUAGAUCAUCGAUCGUGGAGAAAGUAUAUAUUGGCAGAUUAUAUUUCCCUCUCGCGGUCAAGCUUUUAUUGUAGAUUGUUCGUUGUAGGUCCGUGAAAUGGACGAUUGUCAAAAUUAUGCGCAACGGGACGGAAAACGUAUGAUUAAUGUGCGUUUUAUGUUCGAUCAAUUUUAAUUUUAUUUUAUCGUGAGAAAUGCAAAUAACGAAUUUUUCAUCUGUAAACAACUCACAUAAUGAGAAUAUCUCCUGUUGAUUUGCGGUUGCUUUGUGCGGAUUAUAUUGAAAUGUGCCUCAAAUUACUUGUACGUUUCGCGAAAAUCAUUUUGUUAAAAUUAAAGGAUACAUGGAUACAAAUAUAUUAAUGACAAAGCAGUACAAUCAAAA